AUGGCCCCCAAAUUUCGGCCAUUGCUCCGCCCCAUGAAAACCGAUGAAUGCACGUAUUUAGUUGAACUCGAAGAACCCGAGAAUUGCACUGGCAUCGUACUUCGUAUGGCCGCGCUGAAAUCCGACUCAGCUGGGGCUCAAAAACAUUCAAAAGUACGCUCGUUGCCAAGGUUAUCGCCCCUUGGAUAUGGGAGGGCUCAGAUGUCUGGUUUCUUCAGGCAUUGGAGCCAGUGGAUUCCCGUCACGGCGAUUGCUCCGGAGGCGUUCCAGGACCUUGUCUCUGAAAACCCGUCGCACAACCAAGGGGAUUGUCCUUCUCCCAGAAUAGUUGUCACAAAGCCGAGGUCAAAUCAACCGUCUCUUCGUAAGAUAUGCGCACAGUAG